AUGUCGAAAGGAGACAUUGUUUUUCUACUAGACGAAUCUGGCAGCAUUGGAUCGCUCAAUUUUGAACGGAUUAAAUCAUUUGUCAGCUCUGUCAUCGGUCACUUCAAAGUAGGAAGCAAUGCAAAUCAAUUCAGUGUAGUCAACUUUGCGUCCUCUUCUAGAGAGAUAUUUCCGUUAAACAAAUAUAACACAAUAGCUGAUAUUCAAUCUGCCAUAGCUUCCAUUCCAUUCAAAAGCGGGGGAACAAGCAUCGGAAGUGCCCUAGAUUAUGCCCGAAUGUACUCCUUUAGGGCCUCCAGAGGAGCAAGAAAUGAUUCGGCAAAAAUUGCUGUUCUAAUCACCGAUGGACAAAGUUCCGUUUCCAACGAGCCCAACCAACUUAAAGCAAGCGGUGUCACGAUAUUUUGCGUCGGGGUAGGAACUGGCAUAAAUUCAGUUGUUUUAAGAUCGGUGGCCACGCACAACGAUUAUACCUAUCUGACCACGUUUGAUCUGUUACCUUUGUUAACGAGCAAAUUGUCCAAUGGAACCUGUGCCGAUGACAUAAACGAUUGUUUAAGUGAGCCUUGUCUUAAUGGAGGGACAUGUGAAGAUCAGUUUGGGAAAUAUGUGUGUCACUGUCUGGCCGGAAAUACAGACCCUACCUGCUAUGUCCCGGGCUUACCGAAUGUAACGUUAGGAUCUAGUCUUACAGUAAAUGUUGGAUCGUCCGCCAUACUCAAUUGUUACGUGACAAGCACGACAACUGUGUCUUCUGUUACAUGGAACUACCAGAAAGAUGGCGUCACAAGCACUAUCAACACAGGUAAUGCAACUAAAUAUAGCGGGGGAACUGUUGUAACACCGUCUCUUACCGUGAAGAAUGUUCAGAUUGAAGAUAUAGGAAACUACAGAUGUCUGGCCCAGAACUCAGCAGGAAUAGGCCAAAGUGCAACAAUGAUCUUUUUAGAUCUGCAGCGAGGUUUACCCGUGUUCUCCAUGAGAAGGAGAAAUUACCCUGUCAAUGCUAGCGAAAGCGUGUCGCUGUCUUGCAUUUUUUCCUCCAGUUACCCUCCUGUUGUUAAAGUUAAUUGGUACAAAGAUGAUGUACCAAUCAAUUCCGUACUUAAUGGAAAAUACUCGGGCGGAACAAUUGAUUCUCCAAACCUCAACAUAACAAAUUUCCAACAAGAGGAGCAAGGUUACUACCACUGUUCUGUGUACAACCACUAUGGAUCCAAAAAUAGCUCGGACAUGGCAGUUUACUUAUUUGGAGAAGUACCUGCAGUACUAGUUGGAUCAAACAUUACCACUGGUCUUCGACAGACUGUAAAUAUACCUUGUAAAGUGUUUGGUUUCGGUGUCACUAGAGUUUUCUGGAGAAUGCAACUCCAGGGCCAGGAAAACGAAAUGGAAAUAAACGUAACCUCAUCUAAAUAUUACGGUUCUACUACAUAUUAUCCUUCUUUGAGAAUUUACAGUUUUAGUUCAUCAGACAUUGGUAACUACAGAUGUUAUGCAAACAAUUCAAACGGAAUUGGUUACAGUAAAACAGUUAAUGUAAACAUAUUUGGGCGUUACAUUGAUCUGAACUCUACUCGGUACACUGUCAACAAGCGCCAAGACGUCACGCUUUUCGUUUUUAUCUAUGCCAAUCCCAAUCUUUUGAAUUUGUCGUGGGAGAGGCGUUUUGGGUCUUAUUUCUAUAAUAUGAAGUGGAGUACCUUAAAUACGACUUCAAAUGACAAGUACGAUGGUGGGACCCUCGAUUCUCCGUCUCUGAUCAUUCGUAACAUCGGCAUCGAGGAUGAUGGAUAUUAUCGUCUUAAUGUGUCUAACGCUGAAGGUUCAACCAUAAGUUCGAGCAUUUAUGUCAAUGUCAUUGUUCGCUUACCUAUUAUAACAUCAAAGCAGACAUACUUUUACUACAUAUAUUCGGAAACUAAUCUCACUUUUGAGGCAAAUGUCACAUCUGAAUUACCUAUGGUAUCGGUCAGUUGGGAGAAACGCAGCGCCAACUACCCAUAUACAUAUACCUUAAUUGAUACAACAGAUAGCAGAUUCUUUGGUGGUUUAAUCAACGACCCCUCACUGACCAUUAACAGUGUCCGUAGGGGAGAUGCUGGAUAUUUUAGGUUCAACGCAACAAAUGUGGAUGGUUUGCCUUCAGUUACUACUGGGAAGAGGAGAUUCUACAUGAACUUUGGGGAGAAUGUUACUUUUGACGUCAACAUCACGUCAUUUACCACUAUAUUAUCAGUGACAUGGGAAAAGCGAAAUUCUUCCUACCCGCAUAAUUACUACCAAAUAAAUACGAGCAAUUCCAACAGAUUUGAUGGUGGCCAAAUAAGAUCACCUGAUCUAAUUAUCAAAUAUGUACUGGUUACAGAUAAUGGAUAUUACAGGUGUGCAGUGGAAAACACUGAUGGUGUUGAAUAUAGCUCAUCGUUUUAUUUAUCUGUCAAUCCGAACCGACCAUCCAUAUCACUAUCCUGGAGGCAUUCUGUUUAUAGGGGAACAAAUGUCACUCUGCAGACAAAUAUCACAUCCUCCCUGCCAAUCACAGAUGUCACUUGGGAGAGAAGAAACAUCAGUACAUACAGAUAUGAAGUUCUCGAUUUAUCGUCAGAUAAUCGAUAUUCCGGCGGCGAUAUUACUUUUCCAUCGCUGACUAUAACAGAUAUCAAUAUUUCAUUAUCUGUUGCAGGUAUUCCAGUUAUCUCAGAAGGUACAACAUCAUUUGUCACUUGGAAAUGGGUUGAUAUUACAUUUGAUGUAAACGUUUCGUCAAAUAUACCCAUAAUGGAGGUGUCAUGGGAAUAUACGAUGAACCCGUAUUGGAAUAUUUAUAUGCCACUCAAUAUAACAUCCAUUUUGCGGUACUCUGGAGGAACAUUAUCCUCUCCAUCGCUUACAAUCUACAACGUCACAAAAGAUGACAUCGGAUUUUAUAGAUGUGCAGUUACCAAUGGUGACGGAACAGCAACGAGUUCCCCCUUUCAUUUAAGGAUUAAAACUAGCUUCCCUGCAAUAUCAGUUGGAAAAACGUCAAUUAUAGUCAAAACAAGGUCUUGCACUACUCUUUACAUCAAUUACACGUCAGGACCGGGAAUGAAAUCAAUAACCUGGGAAAAAAGGAGCUCCAAAUAUCCCUAUACAUUCAGUGCAGUAAAUAUUGCUAAAAAUGAUCGAUACGAGGGCGGUACUAUCGAUAGACCGUAUUUAGUGAUUGCUGAUGCAUUGCUUGAGGACAGUGGUUAUUAUCGAUGUAACGUUGCCAACAACGAUGGAAUAUCAACAACUCCUUUAUUUUACGUCAAUUUCCAAACACAGUUUGCAACUAUAAAUGUUUCUUCCGCAACAUACAUAGUACAUCAAGGUGACAACGUUACCUUGUCUGUGACCCUGUCUGACACAGAGAUCAACUCGACAAUAGUGUGGGAGAAACAAGGUAUUAAUGAUACGUCGUUUAUAGCAAUCGACAAAUCGUCAAAUGAGAGGUACGAAGGAGGAUCUAUGGCAUCUCCAUCUUUAACCAUACUCAACAUCACCAAUGGUGACUCUGGAUAUUAUCGAUGUAAAGUCACUAACUUCGAUGGAACUACAACAAGUACAUCAAUAUAUUUGGGAUUUACAGGAUCUAGUUGUGACCAGCUUAACUGUGGAGUCCUUAGAGAAUGUUUCUAUCAAAACAACAAACCCUUGUGUUCAUUAGUUACAUGGAAAGCAGCUUCUGUUGGGUUCCUGGGGUGAUUGCCACAAUAGGUUUUACUGUGGCUGCGAUUAAAUUUCUGGCAACCACCAAGUACCAAAUUACCAAGUCUGCAUUGGAUCAAAUGAAUGGCAACAGCCCUGGAAAUUCAGAAAGCUUCAAAUCCCAAUUCAAACUCAGAAAAUUCAAAGACUGAAAGAAAAACACAACCUAAAGAACAACAUUGAAACCUUAGUUAACAACCAGAACAGCAAGCGAUGCAUACCCGAACACCAGUAUGUAGGGUGAUAGACCAGCACAUAGUACACAAGGGUUGCUUUAUCAGACAAAUUUAAUCUCUUGUAUAUUUUUUUCAUAAAAAUUGCAUAUCGGUGUAAAGAAUAUCAGACGCAAGAAAAUAAUCUAGUGAUAAUCAUCAUUAUAUACAUGUAUACUUAUCUCGGGCUAAAAGAUAUACAACAUGCAGUAAUUUAUUUAAGGUAAUCACUUAUAUUUAGUAGUUGGUGAUUUUAAAAAUUAAUACAUUUAUUUACUAUAUGUAAUAUUCGAGACUAGUUUUUUUAAACUUCAUCACAUAUUCCUCAACGCUAGCUUCUUUAAUGAAUUGAUAUUAUGUACAUUUUAUAUAACCUAAUUUUGAGAAGAAAAUAAUGUUGGAAUUAACACGGGUGUUAAAUGAAUAUAGUCAAUUUAUGGUAAAAGAUCAAUUAUACGUGAAUAAAACAUUUGUGGUAUAUUAAUAGAUUGUCCUAAUGAAUAUGAUACCAGUGAUAGUCAUACGAACAAUUUUCAUUCAGAGACAGCUACAUUUUAUAAAUAUAUUAAAUACAUCUUCCUGCAUGAAUCGUUCUACAUGUAUAUUAAAUAUUAAUAUUCAUGUAAUUUGGUAUCUCUUUGUUGUACAUAUCUUGAAAUAAA